AUGAGUUCCACCAAUUUUGCAGCUGCACAAGAGCGGGUGUUGGAACGUCGCCGACUGCGCGAGGCCGAAGCGCGCGCCCGAGCAGCAGAACAACAGCGAACUUCCCCGAUCAGUCCGCAGACGGUCGAGCGUUUACCGUAUCCGCUAAAUAGACUCCCAGGAUCAGGAUGGGCGCUUUGGAAUACAGUGAAAGGGAGAGGCGGGACACGGCCAGCGUUUCGAGUUGGUCAGGUGGAUGCAGAGUUGCUGGAUGAAGAACUGCUGGGCUUGUUGAAGGGACAGGUCGGAGAUGCUUUGAAAUACUUUGGGUCUCAGAUGCGGGAAGACUGGUCACAUGAAAUUCUGUUCGCAUUGCGGGCAAUCCUCUUCAAACUAUCGAUAUGGGAUCAUAACGCGUCCUACGGCGCCGCUCUCCAGGGUCUCCGGUAUACCGACAGCCGCAGUACCGGGGCAGUACAAUCGCCUCCCACAAAAUGGCAGAAGACAAUGUAUGGCCUCUUGACAGUCGGUGGACGUUACGCGUGGGAUAAAUGGGAGAGCUGGUUGAUUGGACAAGAAGGUGGCUACGAUGGGCCAUCCCAGGAAGUUCGCAUGUUCUCCCGUCUAACAGACCUUAUUUCCACGACGCAUUCCAUCGCUGCAUUCACUUCCUUCCUUGUAUUCUUGGUCAAUGGCCGAUAUCGCACACUGGUCGAUCGAAUCCUCCGAAUCCGCCUUACACCGCCAUCAGCUCAAGCUAGCCGGGAGGUUUCUUUUGAAUACCUCAACCGACAGCUGGUCUGGCAUGCCUUCACCGAGUUCCUGCUCUUUCUACUCCCUCUUGUCGGAAUUGGUCGUUGGCGAAGAUGGAUUUCUCGUGCGUGGCGCAAGACCCUGAACGCGCUGAAGCCGAGUGGAGAUGAGGAAGAGUCUACCGAAAAGCAAGGCGAGCUGGCAUUCCUACCGGAACGAACAUGCGCUAUCUGCUACCGGGACCAAAAUCCCACCUCUACAACUGAAAGCGAUGUGCUAGCAGCUUCGGCUUCGGCUGGUGGUAUUGCAGGUUCCGCUCAAACCGAUAUCACCAACCCGUAUGAAGCUGUUCCAUGUGGGUGUAUCUACUGCUUUGUCUGCAUUGUUCAGAAGCUAGAAGGAGAAGAAGGCCAGGGAUGGGUUUGUCUUCGGUGUGGUGAAAUUGUCAAGAAAUGCCAACCUUGGAAUGGCGAUGUCCUAGAAGAAGCUCGAUCCCAACCUGGCACUGGAAAGAUUGUCGGCUUUGCUAUGGAUGAAGAACAACCUCCUAAAGAGGAUGACCAGGGUCAUCAAAUCCCUGAGGAAUCGAGUCUAUUACAAGACAUUAGUGCCGACGAGGCACUACAACAUUCGAAUCAUUGGUCAACUGAAGAGAAAGAUUCUGAAUAUACGAACAGAGAUGCGAUUGAAGAUGACUCCGGCUUUUCAAAAGAUCACUCUGAGCACUUCUGA